CCGCGUCCCCAGCUGCGGCGGCGGCUAUGGCGGCGGCGGCGGCCUCGCAGCGAGACCCGGGCGAUUGGCAGGACUUCUCGGGAUUCCAGCCCUCCGCGGGGAGCGGCCCCGAGGCUGCCUGCGACAAGGGCGGCUGGGGCGGCGGGGAUCUCGGGGCGAAGCUGUCCCUCUGCUUCGAGCCCCCGCAGGCCCGGGCUGGCGGCGGCGAGAGCCGCGUUCCGCUGCGGCCGCUCACGGAGCAGAGCGCGCUGCAGGACGACGAGAUUUGGAAUGCCUUGACUGAUAAUUAUGGUAACGUGAUGCCAGUUGACUGGAAAUCUUCCCACACCAGAGCUUUGCACUUGCCAACUCUGAAUCUUUCAGAAAAAGGGGUAAAUGACAACUUGAACCUUGACUUGUCAGAUGAUGAAGAGCUGAGAGAACAGUUGGAUAUGCAUUCUAUCAUUGUUUCCUGCAUCAAUGAAGAGCCACUCUUCACAGCAGAGCAGGUAAUUGAAGAAAUAGAGGAAAUGAUGCAGGAAUCACCUGAUCCAGAAGAUGAUGAAACACCCACCCAGUCAGAUCGGCUCUCUAUACUUUCCCAGGAAAUUCAGACCCUCAAGAGAUCCAGCACAAACAACAGCUAUGAAGAGAGAGUGAAAAGAUUGUCUGUUGCUGAAUUAAAUGAACUGCUAGAAGAAAUUGAGACUGCUAUUAAGGAUUAUUCUGAGGAACUAGUGCAGCAGCUGGCUCUACGAGAUGAGUUAGAGUUUGAGAAGGAAGUGAAAAACAGCUUCAUUUCUGUCCUCAUCGAAGUACAAAACAAACAGCGAGAACACAAAGAAACAGCAAAGAAGAAAAAGAAGCUGAAAAAUGGUAGUCCUCAGAAUGGCAAACAAGAAAGAAGUCAUAUGCCUGGAACAUACUUAACAACCGUCAUUCCUUAUGAGAAGAAAAAUGGACCCCCAUCUGUUGAAGAUCUUCAAACAUUAACCAAAAUUCUGCAUGCCAUGAAAGAGGAUAGCGAGAAAGUGCCAAGCUUGUUAACAGACUAUAUUUUAAAGGUUCUGUGUCCUACAUGAAGAGGGCUGCCUUUCAGAAUUAGCCAUGCUCCUUUCUGUCAUGAGAAGCUUUCCUUGGAUAUAACUCAUAGUAUUUUUUCAUUUGGCACUAUACCUAAAGCAGUAUUCAUUUACCUCCUCUGUGUGUGUGGAUUUUCUGAUCCUACAGUAAGUCAUCUGGGCAUGACAACUCAUUCAGUUUAACUUAAUAGUGCAAUGAACUGGAGCAGGGAACAAACAUUGUACAGUUUUACUUGCAUUGUUCUGACUUUUUAAAGUCUAUUUUUACAUUGUAUAGCAUGUAGUAAAUCCUCCUACACAUUUUGUUGUUGGAAGGAAAGGUAAACUUUGAAUAGUGUAAAUAAAAUAAGCCUCAUUUUAAGGAAUCCAUAUUUAAAAGAAUCCUUAGUUUCUAAACAAAGAUGAAAAAAUGAUCUUAGUCAGACCUGGAAUUUAAGAUUCAAGUGAGUUCUCCAGCACACUCCAGAAGGGUGAUUGUGGAAGUCAGCAAUCAACACUGCUUUGUAAAUGGUAACUUUGAACUAUACAACAGAUUUGUUCAUAGAUUAACAAAUCCAGAUUUCUUGGUUUGACAUAAGUAAUUGUGUGUGUUCUUGGUAUUAACACAAACAUCUGACUAAUGUAAUAUUUCAUGUUUGGUUUUUUUUUUAAUUAAUAAUGUUCAUGUGGCUUAGAUAUUCUCCCAUAUUGCUGCUAUAAUUUUACUGGUUUUAAAAGGUAUUUGAUCUUAAUGAAAAUGCUUCAAUAUAUAAUCAUUUUAAAAGGCAGUAUCUUUUUAAAAAUACAUGUACAGUUUGAAAAACUUGCACCUGGCUUCCAAGUUAGUAUUAUAUUGAGAUGUUUGUUGUUGUGUGUCUCUGAAUUUUACUACAAAUAUCUCUUGUGUGCACUGUCUCCUCUGUGAUGAUGUACCUACAUUCAAACAGAUGAGAAUGUAUUUUACAAAUCCUGUAAAAGAAACAUACCCCAUAAUCUCAAUUUUAAAUACUUGUCAUUUUGCCAGUCUAAAAAUGAGAUUGAAAUAUAAGGAGUACUAAUUUUAAAAAAAGAGAAAAGGCCACCAAAAACCCACACUUUUUUCUAGGUUGAAUUCCUAUUGAUUCUUCAUCCAGAUGUAUAUAGUGAAUAUCUAAACGUGUUGGACUGUGAGGUUUUAAAGAGAUAAACAUGUUUUCUUCAGUUUUUUCCAUCUAAAGUCUUCAGGGAUUUUGUUAGUUAAAGAGAAAUUUGAUCCUGAAUACCUAGCAUCAUCUUUAAUGUUCAACUUUAUUAUCAUCACCAAAUACUGUUUUAGUCAGUAAAACAACAUGGUUUGAAGAUAGUUCUCAUAAUGUUUUGGGAUUUUUUUUCUAAAGGCCUCAAUAUUUUUGUCUUUUGUGCCUUUUUCAGCUUAGAAUUUUUUUUCUCUUCCCUCUCCCCCACUUGACCACCAAUGGAUACUUGCCAGCCUGCUCAGGAAUAAAUAGAUCCUCUCCAUAAGUGUGGCAUAUGUGAAGAAGUUUUUUUGUUGCUUUAUUUUAUUUCAUUUGAGGUUUCUCUAAAAAGAAGGCAGCCAUUUAUUUCUUUAGCUGGUAUGUUAUAAAUUCAUUAUGGCAUGCUUUUUUUGUAGAAAUUCUUGAUGUUGGCUCUUGAUGCCUGGAAAUGGGCAAAGGGGAUGACCCUUCUUUAUUUUAAAAAAGGUGUACAUGUGAAACCCACCAUGUCGCUGUGUGAAAUUAUUUAGAGGUGCUUCAAUCUCCUGAUGAGGCUUGAAGUAACAAGAUGGAACAAAAUAAAACUAUUAAAGAGAAGAGUAAAAAAAAAAGGCAUCAACAAAAAAACUUCUGUCAAAGUUUGUUACUUGUAAAAAAUCUUGGUUGACUUAAAGUCACAAACUACUAAAGGUAAUGAAACUGGAAACAACUUCAGUGGGAUAAGCAUCUGCUUGGGAAUUUCAUGCCUCUCAUCAGACUAAACAAGAUUUCAUUAUAAAAAGUACCUGUUUACCUUGUAUGCAUUAAACAACAGCUGCCAAAUAUGGCAAGUAUUAUAUGUAUACCUAUAUAUGUACAUAAAAAAAAAAUCUCAAAACAUUUGAAUAAAAAGAACUGUGCAAAUCUG